AUGGAUGUUGAGCUCUACGUCUAUGACCUUUCCAAGGGUCUUGCGCGUAUGUACUCUGCCGCCUUGACGGGAACCCAGAUGGAUGCCAUCUACCAUACAUCCAUUGUGGUUGGGGGUGUGGAAUAUUACUUUGGUCAAGGAAUCCAGACCGCUAUUCCUGGAAGCACUCACCACGGGCAGCCGAUGGAGAGGAUACAUCUGGGCUCGACAGAGCUCCCGACUGAUGUGAUCGAAGAGUACCUUGGCUCUCUGGCAGAAAUUUACACUCCGGAGUCUUAUGAUCUAUUUCUCCAUAACUGCAACAACUUUACACAGGAUUUUUCAAUGUUCCUCGUGGGCAAAAGCAUCCCAGAGAAGAUCCGGAAUCUGCCUAGCACAUUCCUAGAUACCCCAUUUGGUCAAAUGAUGAAGCCUCAGAUCGAGUCCGCACUGAAGGGGGUUACCCAGGGCGGCGGUGCGGGUCCAAUCCCGGGGCCAAGUGCUGCACCACCGGCGCGCCAGCCUGCACCUGUAUAUCAAACACCACUGGGGAGAGUUCGCAAUGUUAGCAACUUAGCCCAGCUUGAGAGCCAGUUGGCUGCAGCAUCAAACACAUGCGCGGUUAUCUUUUUCACGUCGUCCACUUGUCCACCUUGCAAAGUGGUCUACCCGACAUACGAUGAACUAGCCGAGGAGGCUGGUGAAAAAGCUAGGCUCAUCAAGGUCGAUAUCGGCUCAGCUUAUGAUGUCAGCAUGAAGUACAGCGUGCGCGCAACUCCUACUUUUAUGACUUUCCUCAAGGGCCAAAAACUCGACCAGUGGGCUGGUGCCAACCCAGCACAGCUUCAAGGAAACGUGCGGAUGCUUCUCGAGAUGGCCAAUCCAUCUCACCCCCACAGAAAGCUCCGAAUGCCCAGUUUCCAACGGCACAUUACCAACUUUGUCAUGUACAAAAAAGUCCCGCCACUAGACAAACUUGUGCAAAAAUUACCAACGGAGUUUAAAGAUGCAGCUGGUAUUGCACCAGUCAUAGACUUCGUCAAGACCCGUCAUUCUGUCGACAAUAAGGCUCCCGCGGCGGAUACCCGAGUCCCAGAUCUCCACGCUUUCGCCGCCGCGUUGCAGUCCAAAUAUCCCACCCUCCCAGUGGACUGCCACUUUGCUGUCGUGGACCUCGUUCGUCUCUUGUUCCUUGACCCACGCGUGAGUGGCUAUUUUGCCGAAGAGUCACAACACGCCACCCUCCUUACUCUCCUCUCCCCACUAUCGAACGAAGAACUAUCCUCAUCUCCGUAUAAUUUGCGCAUCGUUGCGUUGCAACUGGCCUGUAAUCUUUUCAGCACAGCUCUAUACCCUCACCAGCUAGCCUCAACCUCCUCACCCUUGCGAGAAACCUGUCUUGCACUCGCAACAAAUUCCCUUCUCGAUUCACACGCGAACCUCCGUGUUGUAGCAGCUUCUUUUGCAUACAACCUCGCUGCAUUUAACCACAAUGCGCGGUUUGAUGGUGAAACAGAUCCCUUGCCCGAAGAGGACCAGGUUGAGCUACUUGCCUCUUUGCUGGAGGCUACAUCACGCGAGGACCAGAGCCCCGAGGCUUUACAUGGAUUGCUGUUUGCACUUGGGCUUUUUGUUUACGAGGCCGACCUAGAUGGAUCGGUGGUAGAUCUUUGUCGUGCAAUGGGAGUCUCGGAAACCAUUGCGGCCAAGUCUAAGAUAGAGGCCUUGCAAAAGGAACCGUUAUUGAAAGAGGUCGGAGAAGAGCUUUUUGGGAAGGGGCUGUAA